AUGGCUAGUCGCAAUCGUACUGCCUACUUCUAUGAGCCUGGUCAAGGACCCCGCCCUUACAUGCCCUUCGUCUGUUCCAAUGACAGCGAUGUCGAGAUAACCUUACACUACGUCGAUCACGAUGAUAAGACCGUUGACAUGUUGGUUACAUGGUGCAAUGGCUCGCAGGAGAUGUUGUACAGUAAGUACGACGUCCAGACCGCGAAGCCCAACAUUGUCUACAAAUACUGGCGCAAGGUCAGUAGACGUAAUCACGCCACCGAACUUGACAAGCACCACGUCUUCAACAUUUUGGAUGAGAACAGAAAGUCAUAUCGCGUUCAAUGGACCGGGUUUGAUGAAGAUGGGGCAACCCGGGAGGUCAAGUCCAAGGUCAAACGAAUUUGUCCUCGAGCUGAACUUGACUAG